GUCCCCGUCUCCUCGUAACCUCUUCCAGGCGGUACAUCCAGACGUUCAGUUAUAGCACAUUUCGAAAGCCCUUUACCAUGGAUUACGAUAGCCUCGCGACUCCCGAGUCGUGUUACGUCGACUUUUGUCUCCUACCCCUCGGUACGGGGACUGUCUCGGUGGCUGAGGAUAUUGCAGAGGUGCAAAAGGUUCUCAAGGCGAGCGGGCUCAAGUAUACGCUUCACUCUGCUGGUACCACAGUCGAGGGUUCCUGGGACGAAGUCAUGGCUGCCGUUGGCAAGGCCCAUGCUGCUGUGCACAAGCGAGGCGUGGUGAGGAUUCAGUCAUCCAUGAGAGUCGGUAGCCGGACGGACAAGAAGCAGACGGCAGCGGACAAGGUCAAGAGGGUAGAAGACAUCCUGGCUGCCGGAGAGUCCAAGUAAUGGAUGGAUGCAUGACCCCCUUCGCCAAUUCAUACCGUAGUCAUCGAGGUGGAACAAGUUUUGUCGAGCCAGUGAGGGAGACACGGUUUGAAUACCUCGAUACUAUUCGUAGGAGAAUAGAAACAGGGCGUCCAACCUUGUCAAUGGAAAACAAAUCCCUUUCUUCG